AUGUCCACGUCGGUUUCGUUUCCGAUCGCCCGCGCCGGAUCUAGCCGUGAGCGCGAGGGCGUAAGGAUAGCGCGGGAUCGCUCGGAUCGGCUGAGGUUUAGGGGAGAGAGGGGUGGAGCAAGGGAGGAGACUUGCCUGUCACUAGUGGCCGACGAGACGGCAACGGUGCAUUUCCUGUUGUGGGGCACCGAGUGCGAUGCCUUCGAGCCCGGGGACAUCGUGCGGCUCACGAGCGGCAUCUUCUCCUACCAUAGGGGCAACAAGCUCUUCCUGCGGGCUGGUAAGCGAGGACGCACGAAGAAGGUGGGUGAGUUCACCAUGACGUUCGUCGAGACCCCCAACAUGAGCAUUGAGAUGAGGUGGGGGCGGUGGGGGCCUGAUCCAGGCGACCCGAGGAAGAUGGUGCAGGAGGCCGUCCUGUCGCCCUACUCCCAGGUCUUCAAGCCGCUGCACUGA